AUGUCUAUCCCAGUAGGACUGUGGACUCUCACUGUGGGGGAAUAUCAUCAGUUUUAUGUGGUGAACACAGAGCUAAACUGGGCCGAUGCUCAGGCGUACUGCAGAGCGAAUUACACUGACCUGGCAACCAUUGAGAAGCGAACUCCACUGAUCAUAAUUAAAGAGGAGAAGACGUGGAAAGAAGCCCUGUGGUUCUGCAGACAGAAUCAUGUGGACCUGGUUUCGGUUCAGUCACAGGAAAUGCAGGACUUGGUGGAAGUUGUCACUCAAAAUGCCUUCACUAAUGUGACACGUGUGUGGGUUGGUCUGCGUCACACCUGCGCUCAGGGCUUCUGGUACUGGGUGGCAGGAGAGCCCAUCUGCUACCAAAACUGGGCUCCAGGUAAUGGAACCGGAGUGGAAGACUGUGGUGAUGUGGAGAGAACCGGAGCGAUGCUGUUAGACAGUAAGAAGUGGAUCAGCCUGCCAGAGACUCAAACACUCCCCUUCAUCUGUGUCACCACCUAG